UGCCCUCGGCGAUAGCGAGUCCUUCCUGGACGGGCUGGCCCAGGGGCUGCUGGCUGGGCUCGGAGGAGGGAUAAAAGACCCGCCAAGGGAUGGAGUUGCUCCCAGCGCGCGUUUCAGCCCGAGAAGCCCAACAUGAGCAGCGUGUGUCCUCGUGAGCCCUGCUUGGCGGCCCCGCGGCUGCUGCUGCCGCUCCUCCUCUUCCUGAUGUUGGCCGUGUGCGACGUAAAUCCGAAAGAGCCAUGUAGCUUUCCUUUCAUCUUCAAAGGCAAAUCUUACUCUCAUUGUACAACGGAUGGAUCAGUCUUCGCCUGGCUCUGGUGCUCUCUUACCAGCAACUAUGAUGUGGAUAACAAGUGGAGAUAUUGUGAACCUUUAGUCGCAGAUAUGAAUAUGCCAUGUAGCUUUCCUUUCAUCUACGGAGGCAACUCUUACUCUCAAUGUACAACGGAUGGAUCAGUCUUCUCCAGGUUCUGGUGCUCUCUUACCAGCAAUUAUGAUGUGGACUUCCUGUGGAGAUAUUGUGAGCCUUCAGAUUUACAAGAACAACAGCAAGAACAACAAAAGCUGUAAUAAAGACUGUGGAGGCAUACACUCACCAGCAAAAUUUCCAGUGUACCAAACCUGAUCGACCAAUGUUCUGAACAUGCAUAUGUGAUUCCUCAAUAUGCUAAUUCAUCGGUGGAAUGUGACCAGUGUUUCUCUAGUUUUACUUUCUCCGGGCUAUGCCUCAACUAGGAAUAAGGUUUUUCUCCUACACUGUCAGCUUCAGAUGCUGUUCAUUUCUUCCCUUCAAUUUCAUAUGGGUCCUACUCCUUGCAAAUGCUUCAUCUCCAACAUCUAUAAACAGCUCAGAAGCAAAAGCCCCAGUUUUACUCCAGAUUUCUUAACUGAUUUAUGGGGGGGGGACCCCAUCUCUUCUUCUCUUAUUUUCCUGCACACCCACAUGAAUACUCUUCUUACAAGGAGUUGCAUGCUUCUGGUUUGUACACAGUAGAAUUGAUCACACAACCCUAAACAGGAUCAGAGGAAAUCCAGGUAGGAGGAGGGGAAAGUAAUGAUCUGGGAGCCAGGAGCUAGGUAGGAUGGUCAUCGCCAACCCACAUUCUGUCCCCAGCAUUGAACUGAGGGUGAAUGAAAAGGUAUCCUGUUCCACUCCCAGUUCCAGACGUUCACUCUCCCCUCCUCUUACUUAUUUUUGCAAAGACAUGACUGCUGAAUGGGGCUGUGCAUGGCUCUCCUAUCCAGACUGGGCAUUCCUUCUACCCUGUUUAGGGUUGUUUGAAGAAGCCUAGUAGCUGACAGCCUGACUAAUGGGGCAAGAGUGUUGUCCAGACUAGGGAAUAUAUCCUCAGGGAUGUAUGAUAUUUUCAGGUGGUGCAGGCAGCUGCAGAAGAAGGGGGAGAUCCUUUUUCCUUAGUCUGGAACACUGUUGCCCCAGUGUUUCGUUAGAAUGCCAGCCAGCAUCUCCCAGUUGUGUGCAUCCCAUGUUUUCGCCACCUUAAUAUAUAAUGUUGUAUUAUCCUCUACAUCAAAGAUAAUCUGAUGUUUCCAGUCCUUAUGGCUAUGUGGAAGAGCUUAAGAAUGAUAAGCCAGUGCCUAGUGAAAUGUUAGAAGGUGGGGUGGGAUAAGGGAAUGGCUCAGUCUUAUGGAGAGAGGAGUGCCACAUCCCCAAAUCUUAUCUUUAUCGAUGGCUGCUGUUCUCUGGCUUUUGCUUGUUGGAAUGAAAUAUUUGAAGGCAAAAGGUUCCGCUGGGAUUGACUCCGAAAUAAUUCAGUGAGGCUGAAAAGGUGGUACUGUGUAAUCCAGGCUGAGUAAAAACUGAGGAGGUUAUUUAUUGUAUACUAGGUACCUGCAUAACUGGCUCUCCUGUACCACUAUAGGAUCUUAAACUUCAAUGGAGUAAGGUUAUCUUAAGUAUGAGUGAUAUAAUUUUAACUGAUGUACUAUACACACACAUGGGUAAUUGGCAGAUGAUUGUGGUGAAUGACUGAUCACAUCCUUUUAAUGGCAUUCUCAUUUAAUGUUCAAUGGCUGUAUAAUUUUUGGAGACUGGAUAAACUUUUAAAGCUGUAGAUGAAGCAUUGAUUGCUGAUGAUGUGGUAAAUUCUGCCCAUUCUCUCUUGUAGAGAUUAAAUUGAUUACUUUCUUUGCCUUAA